AUGGACAACCAUGACGCUUCGGCCGCCAAGGAGUGCUUCAGUUCUAUCCCUUCGUCGUCGUUGUGCUCCGGUAAGGUAGGAAUAAUGGCAUCGCCAAAGAUGUCGGACGACCAGCCGCACAGGCCGACAACGGCCGACACCUGGCCACGCGGAGAGAAGCUGGAGACCGCCUUCAUUGGGGUGCGACCGAGGCCAUGGGGCACGUUCGCCGCCGAGAUCCGGGACUCCACGCGCCGGGGCGUCCGCGUGUGGCUCGGCACCUUCGACACCGCCGAGGCCGCCGCGCUCGCCUACGACCAGGCCGCCUUCGCCGCACGCGGCUCCACCGCCGUCCUCAACUUCCCCGUGGACCGCGUCCGGGCGUCCCUGGCGCCGCUCGAGCUCGCCGGUACGGUGGGGUCCCCCGUCCUCGCGCUGAAGCGGCGGCACUGCAAGCGGAAGCGCAGGCGCCGCCGGCGGUGCAAAAUGAUCUCGAGCUCCGCUGUGGCCACCGUCACCAACGGCAGUAGUAAUCCAUUCUCCGACGACGUGUCCAGCAGCUCCAUCGUGUCCAUGGCAGCGCCGCCACAGCAGCAGGUGACUGCGCUCAGCUGCCAGUGCUGCUGCAGCGUCAUUGAGCUCGAGGACCUCGGCACCGAUUACUUGGACGAGCUGCUGCGGGUAUCAUGCGAGUCCACAGCUGGUUGA